UCGGUGUUUGACUGAGGUUGUUAUGUUGGUGUUGUUUCGUAUGAGAUGUGAUGGUGGUGUAUUAAUGUUAGUUAAUUAAUUGUACAGUUUACACUUAUAUUAGGAUUUAACGCUCAGUCCGCAAACAAUAAAUACAUUAGUGAUAAAACUUGUAUUACAUAAAUAAACAGACAUUAUUUUGUGCAGUCCUGAAACAUUUGAUUUAAAUACAACAUUGAAGAUGGCUGGUUCACCUGAAAGGACUUUUAAAUCUGAGACCACAAAAGAAGUGCUGAAGCUCUAUUUCCGUGGGCAGAAGACGCGUGUGACAGAUGAGGCGACACAGAUGGUCGCAGAGGUGACCAGUCUGGCCGUGGUGGAGGCAGUGCUCAGAGCUGGAAAGCAAGCAAAGGCUGAGGGCUCCUCUGUAAUCCAAGCAGGACAUCUCGAGAAAAUCAUCCCCCAGCUGAUUUUGGAUCUGUGAAGACUAAUUGGAUCUUCUGCUGUGAAAACACACUUUAUUUUGUGAUUUAUAUUAUUUCUUACAUUCUGAUAUUUUAAUAAAUAACAAAUAUAAUUAAAUAAAAACUACAAAAUUUUGUUGUAAA